AUGAAUCCAGAUUCUGUUAAUUUCACUGAAUUGUUGUAUUGGGAGCCAAACCCUCAACUGGACGCGUACGAGAUUUCCGUUUGCGUUUUAUCAGCUCUGACAGUCGUGUUGAUUCUGACUCUCAACCCGAUAUGCCUGGUGGUGCUUCAUCGCGCCAGCGGCAUCCAAGAAACGACCAAGGUGUUCAUGGCUUCACUCACCGUGUCUGAUAUCUGCAUAGGGCUGUUCUGGGUGCUCCCAGAGCUAACACAACAUUUCAACAGGAAAUGGGUGUUGGGUUCUUUUCUGUGCACUGUCUGGGGUGUUUCACUAUUAUCUUUUGGUGGACUGAGUGUCUUUUCACUUGUUCUCCUGACGGUGGAUCGCUUUUUUGCUAUCGUCUACUCGCUGCGCUAUCCGACAUUGAUGACUUUGAAGAAAGCAAAGAUAAUUGUCGCCAUCACGUGGAGCAUGACAUUGACAUUCAACAUAAUUGUAUUUGGCAUCUUUUUACCGAAUGCCAUAUCCCCGUUUAAAUGCUAUGUCAUGUGGUCCAACUUUAAAAUUUUUGCGACCAUUGUGGUAUCUGUGAUUGCAAUCUCCCUUGUGACCAUUUUCAUCCUCUACAUGUACAUUCUUAACGUUGCGCGACAGCAGGCACGUCGCAUCGCCGCCCAGAAUCAGAUCAGUGUUGAAUUGGGUGAUCAGAACGCUCCGCAGAGAGUCAGCACAAAGUCGGCUACCACGGUGUUCAUCAUAACCAUGACGGUCUUCAUAUGCUGGAUCCCGUCUAUCAUCUAUACUGUGAAUUUUUCAAUCUCUGCAACAUACCCAACUUCAAGCUAUAUUACAAACUUGAUCUUUGCCACCAACAGUUGGCUGAAUGUCGUCAUUUACUAUCUGAGGAACAGGGAGCUUCGGCAAACCCUGCAUGAAUUGAUUGCUUCUUGUUUUCACCGAGGAUUCUAA